GUGCGAUUUCCCCUUUCUCUUGCUCGCCUCGGCGCAGGUCUCCACCGGCUCGCGGCCCCUCCGCGGGCGCCCACCGCCGCCGCUCCCUCGGCGCGGCCCGGCCUCCCCGGCGCCCCCUGGCCUCCCAUCUCACAGCUGGCACCCCGUCUCCUUGUGAGCCCGGGCGCCGCCGUCUCACCUGGUGUUUGCAUCUCGCCCUCCAACUUUGCCAUUGGCGGCGGCGCGACGUGUGGGAGAGCCCUGUGCCUCGCCCGCCCGCCCGGACCAGCCUGCCCCGGCGCCGAGGUUGCCCUUGCUGUUGGCUUAGCCCAGCCCAGCAUGCAGUCUUGAGCCCGACGUAGGCCACACCCACUCCAGCUCUGGAUAUCCUCCACGGGGGCUCAGGGAAGGUAGUGGAUUGAUCGUGAGGUUCCGGAAUAACAUCUCUGCAUCAAGAAGCCACCGAAGCUCCAGGGAGCCGGGGGAGUAGUCACUGUCAGCUCUGGCAGAAGCCAGUAUGGCUAUUGCCUUGCAGCCCAGUGAUUUAGUGUUUGAGUUCGCAAGCAACGGGAUGGAUGACAUCCACCAGCUGGAAGACCCUUCAGUGUUCCCAGCUGUGAUCGUGGAGCAGGUCCCCUACCCUGAAUUACUGCAUCUGUACUCUGGACUGGAUCUGGAUGACGUCCACAAUGGCAUCAUAAGGGACAGGACCUUGUGCAUGACACAGGAUCAGAUCCUCGAAGGCGGUAUUUUGCUGGCAGAUGACAAUGAGACCACCUCACAAAACGUGUCAUCUACUGAAGUCCUAUUCAAUGUGGAAACUCCCAACGAUGUCCUGGAUGAGAAGCAGAUCUUCAGCACACCUGAAAUACUUCCAGACACAGACUCUGUGCAGACCAUCAAUCUGCCCAACUUCCUGUUUUCUACCACCGAGCCUGAAGAGCCCAAGAAGACAAGUGAAACUGGUGACCAGAAGGGGCAGCCUGUGGAGGAGAGGGUCUCCAGAGACGAGAGUCCUAAGAAGACGGGGAAGACAAGGAAGAGAAGCCGAAAGACAAAGAACAACCGAAGUACCUCACCUGUCACUGACCCCAGCAUCCCCAUACGGAAGAAAUCCAAAGACGGCAAAGGCAGCACCAUUUAUCUGUGGGAGUUCCUCCUGGCUCUUCUGCAAGACAGAAACACCUGCCCUAAGUAUAUCAAGUGGACCCAGCGAGAAAAAGGCAUCUUCAAGUUGGUGGAUUCCAAGGCUGUGUCCAAGCUGUGGGGCAAGCAGAAAAACAAACCUGACAUGAACUAUGAGACCAUGGGGCGUGCUCUCAGAUAUUACUACCAAAGAGGAAUUCUGGCCAAGGUGGAAGGGCAGAGGCUGGUGUACCAGUUUAAGGAGAUGCCUAAGGACUUGGUGGUGAUUGACGAUGACGAGGAGGGCACCGAAACACCAGAAGCGCCACCUCCACAGGCGUCUACUUCCUCCACACCCUCUACCAGCACCAUCCGGAGAGCCAGCCCCAGGGGCCUAAGCAAAGAUUCCUCCCAGGACAAGGAGAGCCCUUCCUGGGAGAAGCCAAAGGUUCAACACGCUGGUCUGCAGCCAUCUGCAAGCCUGGAGUUAGGACUGUCUGUGGACGAGGAGGCCCCCGCUACCUCCACCAUGCUUGUGUCUCCACUCCAGAGUCAGGCCAAGGUCACCAAAACUGUGAGCACUUCUUCGGUGCCCAGUAACAUCCACCUAGGAGUAGCCCCUGUGGGGCCGGGAUCCACUGUCACCCUGCAGACCAUCCCGCUGACCACGGUGCUGACCAAUGGGCCUCCUGCCAGCACUGCUGCUCCCACCCAACUCGUUCUCCAGAGUGUUCCACAGGUGUCCACAUUUAAGGACACCUUCACUUUGCAGGCCUCCUUCCCCCUGAAUACCACUUUCCAGGAGAAUCAGGUGGCAACCCAGGGGGCCCCACUGAUCCUCAGUGGCCUCCCUCAACUUUUGGCUGGGGCUAACCAUCCUAGCAACCCAGUACAACCCCAGGUCAUAGGUGCUGGCUCAGCAGGGCCUAGCUCUCAGCCCCCUGGGACUGUCAUUGCUGCCUUUAUCAGGACUUCCGGUGGCACAUCAGUGCCAGGAGUGAAGGAGGGGCCCUUGAGGUCCCCCUCAUAUGUGCAGGGUGUGGUGACCGGGCCACCUGUGGAAGGGCUGUUGGUCCCUGAAGAGACCCUGAGAGAGCUCCUGAGAGACCAGGCUCAUCUUCAGCCAGUUCAGAGUCAGGUGCUCUCAAGGGGUUCCCAUAACCUGAGCCUCGUGGGGAGUCAGACUGUCUCUCCCCCUAGCCGCCCCACUGUUGGCCUAACCCCAGUGGCUGAACUUGAGCUCUCGUCAGGCUCAGGGUCUCUGUUUGUAGCUGAGCCUAGUGUGACCACAUCGGGGAGCCUGCUGACCACAUCUCCUACCCCAGCCCCUUUCCCCCCUUUCAAUCCUACUUCACUCAUUAAGAUGGAGCCUCAUGAUAUAUAAACAAAGGGAUCAAAAGUAUGACCUACCAGGCAAAUUGUGAAGCAUUUCCAUGUGGGCUUAAGUAGAAUACCUGCCCUUACAUCGAGUGGGGUGUGAUAUAACUGAUACCAAGUCCCCCAGACCUUGUUCUGAUGUAACCAUGAUCAAAUUAUGCCCAUCUCAAGCAUUCCUGGCAUCUGACCAUGGCCUUCAAGAGCACUAGGGAAUAGACGUGCUCUGAGAAGGACAGUGGGUUAACUUAGUGAUGGGGGUAAAGCCCCAAGCUAGGAAAUAGCUUGUGGCCAGAGCUGGCCAGAGGCCACAUGAGAAGUUAAGCCUGGUCAUACUUUGUCAUCUAUAUUCCCUACACGGGGAACUUAACUUACCAUCCCAUAUGUGAAUAUCUGCGUGUGUAUUUGUGUCCGCUUGUGGGUCUGUGUCUUCAUUUCUUUGAGGAGAAUGGGAUGUAGAUGUCAGGUCUUUUCUUCAAGUGUGUGUGAGUGUGUGAGUGUGUGUGUGUAUGUGUGUGUGUGUGUGUGUGUCCAUGUCCAUCUAUUCCUAGGUCAGCCACAGACAUGAGGCAUUUUUAAGAGAAAACGUGCUCUCUGCUCUCUCUGCUCUCUGCUCUCUCUGCUCUCUGCUCUGUCUCCUUGCCAUAAUGCCAUUCUGAGACUAGAACAUACCAGUUUGAUGCCCCCAGUCUGGAGAGAUGUCACGGACAUGGAACACGUCUAGGUAGGAGAGCUUCAAUUGGUGCACAUGCUGAGGACAUUGCCAAGGGACAAGAGGCCAUGUGUAUUACCAGCAUAGCAAGAGGGAAAAGGAUCACACCUAGCCUUGGGAGCAAUCGUUUGCCAUGGUCACCUUGCUAUCCGGCUGGAACCUGGAGUACUUUGCUGAAGGUUGUGGGGCAAAGCACUUACCUAUAGUUAACCCAAUUAUAAAGUCCCUAGCUGGGCCUGAAUGGAUUGAAGGUUUGUGGCCAGGGCUUUUGGCUGUUUGUGUAAGAUCAGCCUUAUGUUUGAUAAUAGCCUUUUGGGGGGCACAGUACUCUUCAUUCCCGGUCGCAGGUUCCCUCUUCAUUCUGUUUGCCCUGAGAUGCUCCAUCUGUCACGAGGUGCUGAGGCCAGUGGGGUGGCAACCCAGCUCCAGCCGCACGGUCUCUGUCCACCCUCUCCCUCUCACAGAGGCUCUCAAAGACUGCAGGUGGACUAUAGCUCUCAUUCCCAGCUCUGAGCUCUCACACCAAGAACAUAGGAGCUGGUACACAUGAGUUCCCACAGUUCCUGUCGGCAUGACUCGACUCUUUGCUUCUCUUCUGUUUCUGCAAAGGGUUCUCCUGAUGUCUCUCUCUCUCUCUCUCUCUCUCUCUCUCUCUCUCUCUCUCUCUCUCUCUCUCUCUCUGAUUUUACGAGACAGGGUUUCUCUGUAUUAUUUUGGAGGCUGUCGGUCCAGCCUAGCCUCGAACUCACAGAGAUCCGCCUGCCUCUGCCUCCCGAGUUGCUGGGAUUAAAGGCGUGCGCCACCACUGCUCGGCUUCUCCUGAUGUCUCUUAAAGUCAGCCUCUCAGCUGAGGGCCUUCAUCAUCUCCCUUCCUUGAAUCUGUUUGCCUCUCUCCUAACAGGUUUAGGGGCAAUGUUAAGAGAUGUUGGGCCCAGAGGCAACUCUAGCCUCUGGUGAAUUUGGUUAAUGUGAACCAGUGCUCCAGGACCUUUGCUAUGUCCUCUGUGCCAAAGCACCUGUUUGACCUAACUACCUCCCUGACUGCUCAUCAUUCUCCCCUACUGCUCGCUCUCCUUCACUGGGGGAAGGAACCAUCUGUGGUUAUGCAGGUGCAUUCGCUACAUUCCCGGCAGUUGGCACUGAAAUGUCUGUGCUAAUAAAAUCAGCUUAUGAUGACAAUCUCUUGAUGGUUGGAAAUAAGCAUCUUGAGAAAAGGUCACCGUUGUUGUUGCUGUUAUUGUUGCUCUUGUUGUUGUAUUUGGGUUUUAGUUUUUUGAGACAAUAUCUCAUAUAGUCCUUUUUGGCUUCGAACUUGCCAUGUAGGGGAAGAUGACGUUGAAAUUCUGGUUUUUUCUUCUCCACCUGACCAGUGCUAGGACUGCAGGUGUGUACCGCCAUGCCCAGUUCCUAUGUUUCCAUGGAUCGAAGCCACAACUUUGUGCGGGCUAGACUGCUUAUCAAUUGUGCUACACCCCCAGCCCUAACAGUUCUCAUGAACACAAAGGCGCAGUGUGAGUUGGGGUGAUCCUGCAGCAACCUGGAAUCUAAUGUCUGUAUACACUUCCUAACUCCAAGGAAACUGUCUUAAAGCCAUCAACAGGUUUUAAUAGGCAAAACAUCUUUGCCACAGUUCUCGGCCCUUGUUAGCCCACACUUGGGUGUCCUUCCACACCGCAUGGGCUGCUUAUCAUCUCUUUCUAUGUGGGUGUUCUCCAAGGGUUCCACCAUUGUCAUGGGCCAGUUGCUUGAGAUGAGUUAUUCAAUCCAGAACCCACAUUUCUAAGUCCCUGACUCACAGCUCUGGUGAGCUGCUUCCUGACCUUCUAGACUGGAAAUCUCCGAGCUGUUCAGUGGCUACCUGCACUUGACCUUGUCCCUGUCCCUGAUCUCCUGGCAUCUGGCCUGUCUUCAUUCCCAGAGCCUCCAGCCUGGUUCAUGCUGCUCAGCUUUCCAUUCCCAACACACAUCAGUACCCUGUCCAAUGUGACUUCUCAGCCCUUGCCACUUACUCUGUCCUUCCUCUGCUAAAGGCCUUCAGUGAGUCCUGGCCUGCAGGUAGGGCCAAUAUUUACAACACUCAUCCUCCAGGCUUUUCUAGAGGCCUAGCAUUAACCCUUUAGUUCCUGAAUCAUGACAUGGCCCGGGGGGGGGGGGUCCUGCAGGAAUUGAAGAGCACUUGGAGAGCUGUGGGUAGCAGUUCUAGAGAGAUCUGAAGUUUGGUUUCAGCCCUACCAGGAAGCAAAGCUCAAGUCUGUGGCCCUCCACGAUUGGCUCCUAAUAUUCCCUAUCCCACUCCAAGGUACUACUCGUAAAGGAUUCCAUGGUCUUUGAACUUGUUACUGCCGUAAAUCCCCACCUAUGCCUUUUCUUUCCUGGGUUCUGUUCAACCAAAACGUUCCCUCUCUUCACUAAGAACUAAAGAUUGUGUCUCAAGCCUGAAUUUUGUGGAAGCAGCCAGUUCUUAAGUUCAGUUCUUAAACUUGUAACUGCCACCUGAUGGCGGGUGAUUAUAAACACCUGUGACAUCUCUGUUGUAAUCACAAACUGUUACGUAGACCUUAUUUAGAUCCGGACCUACUCAAUCUCCUGAGUGUUGAGGGAUAGGCAUCACUGCGACACCCAAAAAGCCGGGCACAUUAUAAAGCAAAAGAGCAUCCAUGACUAGUUACUGAUGGAUCUGAUGAGAGGUGUGUAGAGCUUCUUGACCCCUCUCCUCAGUUACCCCAGGCGCUUUACUGCCCUGGGCCUGCCAUUCCUGGCUCAGUGCCCCCAUGGUACACCCUAUCCGCUACCUUAACACUCAAGAUCUGUAUAACUUUGAACAUCUGAUCCUAAAGACACCUCUCUGUCCGGGUUCUUUUCUACACAGUGUUAAACUAGCUAACCGGUUAACUUAACUCUGGCUGACAAGAGUUACCGAAGAAGCUAGAGGAGAACCUCAGGAGACAAAUUUACUUUAACCGGAGUCAGGUGGUAACAAUACCCCUGCUUUUGUGAUGGCCUAAUGGAGUCAGGAGUCAAGCGAUGAUCCGCACUUCCCAGCGGCUGAUACGUUUCCCUUCUCCUGGCUCCCCACAGCACUUUGUAUGUACCUCUCAUUGUAGCACAUUGUAUGUAGUUCUCCAGUUGUGUUAUGUACGUUUCCCCUCCAAGAGACUGUGGGCUCCUCAAGGACAGGGGCUGUGUGCUAGUCAGUGAUGUAUCCCCAGCACCUAGCCACAGUGCCUGACACACAGUAGGUGCUCAAUAAAUGUUUAUUGAAAGGA